AUGUCUGCAUUUUACUCGAUUGUCCAUAAAAUCUCGUUUUGGAUUAUUUUGGCAUUUGUUUCAAGUUUUGUUAUAAGAUUAAUAUUGCUAUUAGACCCUAAUAAACGGGUUUAUAAUCAUACGCCGGGACCAUGCCGAAUUCUCACGGAAGCUUACAAAGGGAUUGCUGGAAUGCAUUUAGUUGAAUCGCAGAGUAGAGUUUAUAUUACUUUCGGUUAUGCUAAAGCGUUUGGGGUAAAAGCGAAACCGGGAAUUGCGUAUUACGAGGUGAAAAAGGCGGAUAAUACAAACCAAAAUCCGCAACACACGUAUGAGCUAGUUGCUAUGACAAUUGAAUGGAAAGACGGAUUCGAUUCGAAAUAUUUUGCUCCGGCCGGAAUCGCCUCAUAUGUCUCGAAGGGCCGCGUUCUUUUAUACGUCGUCAAUGCUCAUCCAAAUUACCAAUGCAUUCACUUUUUCUCUGUUGAUAAAAAUGCAUUGAAGCAUCGAAAAACGGUAUGCGAUGCGGAAUUUACAAGCAUUCAAGAUGUCGCAGUUGUUGGUGCUGAUCGUCUAUUCAUCACAAAUCUCGCAUAUUUCUCACAUGGCUAUUUACAAGUCGCUGAGCUUGCCGCUCAAAGCAAUACUGGAAAAGUGCUGCUUUACGACGGACAUAAUGUGAAAGUCGCAGUUUCCUCACUUCCAUCUCCUUCCGGAAUCGCUUAUGAUAAGGAACGGCAACUUCUAUUCGUUGGAUCGAUGCUGAACGAGAUGAUCAAAGUAUACGAUGUUGGUAAAGACAUUUCGCUGAACCCAAAGACAGAUAUUUCAAUUCUCACUUCACCAAUGGGAAUUCAUGUCGAUAAAAAGAGUGGCGAUAUUUGGGUAUCAUGUCAUCCGGUGGCAUUUCAAGCCUUUCUACACUAUCAACAUCCUGAUGAGGAAAAUAUGCGAAGUCCGAGUCAAGUGUUGCGGAUUAGAAUGCAAGAAGAUGGCGUGUCAUGGGUCAUCACAGAACCCUACGCGAACGACGGAGCAACAGUAUCGGCGAGCAAAUCGAUCGCUUAUUACGAGGAGCAACUAUUAAUCGGCGGAGCAUUCGGAAGGCUGUUACACUGCGACGUUCUCAAUCCACAGAUCACAUAG